UUUAACGAAGAAAAUUUCUCUCUCCGUUUACGAACACGUAUAUCGAGAACACGAAUUGAACAGAUUUCUAAAGUCAAUCAAGCGAAUAGUAAAUUUGACUAGAAUUGUUGGAUGUGAGUUGCUGGAAGGCGCAGUGAUGCCGUGCUGCAUAAACCGGAGUUUGAAAUUGGAGUUGGACGGAGAAAGACUGAAUCGCGCGUUAUGGCUGACGAAAUCGAAGAAAAGUUGCUGGAACGGGUGAAACGACAAGGAGAACUUGUACGAAAACUAAAAGCUGCUAAGGCGAAUGAUAUCCAGGAUUCAACAGUUUUUUUAAACUUAGAAACGCAAUUACAAAGUAUUAACCACGAUUUUGCGGAUGUCAGUUAUGUAUGUGGUUGGAUUCCUACUACGAAAGAUGCAAUAUUUUUUGAUUUCUGCGUAAUCUUCGUUAACGAUCGGCUCUCUAAAUGGCCACACAUAAAAAGAUGGUUUUCAAAUAUUCAAAGUUUCGAUCAAAUUGAACGUAAAGCGUUUCCCGAACUGGAACAGGCAGUUACGCCUCUAAUGAAAAAGGUCGAUCGUAUGUGCAACUUUUGUCUCUCCGACAGAAACUUGAUCGAUCAAAAGAUUGCAGAGGAAGUUUCCAAAUUAUUGGAGUUGAAAGCUCAAUUGGGAGCCAAGAAUGGCGAAGCACCUUCCAAGCUCAUUCUUAAAACGCCUAAAGGUACGCGAGACUAUGGCCCUGAACAAAUGGCACUUCGACUUGCAGUACUGGAUAAAAUAGUGGCAGUGUUUAAAAAGCAUGGCGCAGAAACUAUAGAUACUCCUGUAUUUGAACGAAAAGAAGUUUUGACAGGAAAGUAUGGGGAGGAUUCGAAACUGAUCUAUGACUUGAAGGACCAAGGUGGAGAAAUUUUAUCUUUGAGAUAUGAUUUAACUGUACCCUUUGCUAGAUAUCUGGCAAUGGGAAAGAUCUCUUCCAUAAAAAGGUAUCAUAUAGCAAAAGUUUACCGAAGGGACAAUCCAUCCACAACGAGGGGUAGAUACAGAGAAUUCUACCAAUGCGAUUUCGACAUAGCUGGACAAUACGACCCUAUGAUACCAGAUGCAGAAUGUAUUCGUAUUAUUUCCGAGGCGUUACAAUCUCUGGACAUAGGACCUUAUAGGAUUAAAUUGAAUCACAGAUUGUUAUUGGACGGUAUAUUUGCUGCCUGUGGCGUUCCAAGUGACAAGUUUCGUGCUGUGUGUUCAGCUAUUGAUAAAUUGGAUAAAAAUUCCUGGUCGGAAGUCAGAAAAGAGAUGAUCGAAGAAAAAGGUCUGAAUGAAUCCAGUGCUGACAAAAUUGGCACUUACGUGUCGCAGUUUGGUGAAAUGGAGUUAAUUUCUAAAUUGAGGGAAGACAACGAAUUAAUGAAAUACGAAUCUGCAGUAAAAGGCCUAGAGUCUGUGGAAUUAUUGUUCAAAUACUGUAACAUAUUGCAAGUGACGGACAAAAUAAUUUUUGAUCUUAGUCUUGCUAGGGGACUCGAUUAUUACACAGGUGUAAUAUUCGAAGCGAUAUUGAUCGGUGACGAUGUUGGCGUUGGUAGCGUUGCAGGCGGUGGUCGUUACGACAAUUUGGUUGGAAUGUUUGAUAACAAAAACAAAUCGAUUCCCUGUGUCGGUCUGUCAUUGGGUGUGGAGCGAAUUUUCAACGUUUUAGAGACAAAGUUAAAUAAGGAAGGAGUGAAAACGCGAACUACCGAAGUCGAGGUAUUCGUAGCGACUGCGCAAAAAAACUUGCACGAAGAACGAAUGAAACUUUUGUCGAUUCUUUGGGACGCCGGUGUGAAAGCUGAACAAUCUUACAAAAGAAACGUAAAAUUGCUUGCGCAAUUACAGUAUUGCGAAGAAAGUGGAAUACCGUUGGCUGUAAUAAUCGGCGAAGGAGAACUAGCUAGAGGAGAAGUUACGUUGAGAGAUGUUGCGUCACGUGCCGAGGUUUCGAUUCCACGAGCAUGUUUAAUCGAAGAGAUAAGAAAAAGACUAUAGAAAUAUAUAAUGAAAUACU